AUGACAGAUAACAAUACAGAGACACCCAAGGAAAUACUCCCACCUGAUUGUCUUUAUGAAAUAUUUAAGAAACUUGAAGACGACAAACAAACACUUUUUCGCUGUAUGUUGGGAAAUCGCGAGUGGUGUUGUCAAAUCGUCCCAAUUCUUUGGAGUUAUCCAUUUAGAUCCUUAUCUUCCGGUUCACAGAUUUUAAUCAUUCCUUCAUUCAUAAAUUGUCUGAAUGAGCAAGAAAAGAUUGCCUUGGUAAAUCUGGAUAUUUCGUUAAAGGCAUCAAAAAGAUCGCGUCCGGUUUUUGAGUAUAGCACCUUUAUCAAAGAAAUUAACGUUGAGAAACUGGAAAAUUCCGUGGAAAAAUGGCUGAAAUUAUCUUUUCCACGAGAGACUGAAGCUGUUCUAUGGAGCAAAGUCAUCUCUGUAUCAAAGAAAUUCUUUCAAUUGAUUUUCCGUACUUCAACGGCCUUCGAAAAUCUCCACAUUGAAAAGACUAAAGUAAUCUCGUAUGUUCCUGAUUUCACAAUGUUUCCAAAUGCGCCCAAAGCAUUAGCCCACUUGAAAAUAUUUAAGUAUUGCGGAUGGCAAGGGAAUUAUUUACAUAAAGAUAUAUCAAAUGUAACGGAAUUGCUCACAGCAAUGAAAUUAAUGACCCGAGAUCUAGAAUCAAUAGAGAUCGAUUUUCAAAAUAUCAACAAGCUAAACGCUCAAAAAUUAACGGAUCUCGUUAGCUUGCAAAAUUCACUCCGAUAUUUCAAAUUCGUUAAUUUCCUUGAUCAAUAUGGUGAAAUUCUGAUGCCGGGACUGAGGGAAAAGCAAGGGAACAAUAUUAAAACAUUAUUUUUUCAUUCGUUGCACUUUUUUGCGGAUGAACCAACUUAUCUUGAACAUCUGGAGUAUUUCAAAGUACUCGAAGCUCUUAUUUUCGAAGAUUGUCAAGCUGAUGUUGAAUCCGAUAUUGAAUCAUACGAAUGGUGGAUGUCGCUCGCAAAAGGGCCAAUGUCAUUGAAACGACUUUAUUUUAAUGUUAAAAAUUUGAAUGGACAAGUUUUAAUUCCAAUUAUUUCUCAUGCCAAAGGAAACUUGCAAGAAUUAAUAGUUCGGCAAGAAUGUUCCUCUUUAUUAUUUAACUCGAUUAACGAAACGAGCCGUAAUAUUGUCUCAUUAUCUGUGGUGAUUGAUGGAUCAGCUGUUAAUUCCCUGCUGAAUGCAUUGGUUGGACUGAGACAACUUGAACAACUUAUAAUCCGACAAUCGCUUGAUGGUGGAACCCCAAUCUCUCUGGAAAUUUGGCCCAAAUUAGCGAAAAUUUUGCCCAAAAGUCUGAAUUACUUUUUAGUUGAUUUCAAUGAGUUUAGCGCAGACUCGUUGGCUAUCUUCUUGCAAACACGAGAGACACCGAUUCGACAAAUUGGAUUUGGCAAUGCUGAUGUGUUUGGGAGUGGUCAUUUGGUUGUGAUAAUUUAUUACGCGAGAGAGAAAUCUAUCGUGCGUAAAGUUGGCUUUAGUACUCGCUCUCAUCGCUUUCAGUAUUCUCACUUUAAUCGUGAGAUCUUAUCGAAAGCCAAAGAAUACAUUGAAUUCGUUGAUAUUAUCGAGUUUGACAAAGAUCCGAAUUUCUUGGGAAUGAGAUUUUAA